AUUGGAGAUGGGUUUCGUACUCGCCCUCGGUUUGGGCUGCUGCAGUGCUCCUUUACACGUCGGAGGAGUACGGCGAAACCCAUCGCCUCGUCGCACUCCUCAACGCUCCCAAGAAUGAAGUCCAAGAAUGCUAUCAACUCAUUCUUGAACAAAAUGGUGGCGAUGGUAACGGUCGAAAGCGCAAGAAAUUGCAUGCAUUAUUCUCGAACCACUCCGCGCCGCCGAGCCCGACCGGGGUGGUGGGUUCUUGCUUCAGCUGCGAGACGUCGUCGACGUCGGGCGCAGGCGACUACUCGGUGUCGUCGUCGCCGGAGCCUCCGCCGCGGAAAAGGCCCAACUGCAUUGCUGCAGAAGAAGAUGGGGAUGGGGAGUGAGCAAUAUGCAUGAGCAGCUAAUCUCUAAUUUACGUUAUUAAUGCAAAGUGGUGUAUUAUGUUGUUUAUUAUCUAAAGCCUAAUGUUAUGUAGUUAUGUUGGAGCAAAUUUUGAGAUGGAGGGAAAUGGGUGUUUUGAGAGGGAAAAGAAUAGAGAGAGAGAGAGAGAGAGAGAGAGAGAGAGAGAGAGAGAGAGAGGAAAGAAAAGGAAAAGGGUAGGAGAGAUGAUGAUGAUGAUGAUGGUUUGGGGGAUUUUUCUUCAUCUCCUCUAAAGUUGAAAACAGAAAUGUCUCCACUACUGCUGCUACUACAAUUCAACUGUUUACUCUGCCUCUUAGCUCUUGUCCUUAUCAGCCAUUUAUCAUCAA